ACCCGCCAUAUACUCCAGUUGCUUACGGAGAAGAUCCAGCAUCCAGCCGGCACAGAAGGGAGCUCAUCUGAGGGCACCGCAGCCCAGGGACCUCUCGCAGCAACAUGUGCAUCCCUGGAGAUGCUGACUACGAUCCAUUCCAGCCCAGUCCUGAGGGAGCUACUCCCCGGGCUCCUGUGUGCUCUUCUAGAGCAAGUUGUCCGUACCGUGGGGCAGGACAUGCCGAUGCCCACAGCAAGCAUCCAGCGGAGGCAGCUGCGAAAGGGGCAGGUGUGCACAGUGGGCAACCCUUGCAGACUUUCUAUGGAGACCCUGGCUUGCGCUAUAGCAAACGGCCUUGGGGAGAAAGUGGCUGCAGACCUAUGCAAAGUGGGAACCUGGCCACUACUAGAGAGCCCUCAGACACACCAUGAGGGGGUGUGCCAGCUGGCCAGGGCUCUGCUGCUGUUGGGAAUAAUAACCCCCCAAUUUAUAGGGCGGGUCCUACAGUGGACCAGUUCCACAACGGAAAAUCUCCGUGUGACCGGUACGGCCUUCGUCAGCCAGCUUAUGUGUGACCCAGUCAUAGAAGAGCAGAAGCUCCUGAAGGCAGUCCUUUCCUUACUACAUCAGCGAGCCAGGGACCCAAAUAACCUUGUCCAACAAAUGGCAGCCAGAGGACUAGGCAACAUAGUUUACGGUGCCCCUGAGCAGCUGAAAAAACACCAGAAGGCUGUCCUGGAGACCCUGUUCGAGGCAUCAUUUGUGCCUACCAGGCCUGAGCUCAUGGAGGAGGGCAUGCGGGCACUCACCCACAUCUUUAAACAUCUAGGGACAGAUGUGGGGCCCCUGGUUGAGGAUGCAGUUGCGCAUAUCAGGUCCUUCUUUAACCAUGACAGCGACAGUCUUCGCACCGUGGCUUUUGCCCUCUUCGGCGCCCUGGCAGGCUGCAUGAAGAGGAGGCAAGCCUUUUAUAAAAGGCAGGUGAGGCAGAGCCUGGGAACACUCCUGGUUCACCUGGAGGACCCCAACCCACAGGUGGCCAAGGAGUGCAGAACAACGCUGGGCCUGUGCUGCUCUUACCUGGGCUUAAGGAGGGUCCAGGCAGCCCUGGCCUUCCAUACGCAGGGGUCAGAGCAGGGGAAACAGGAUCAGCUGCUGCAGGAUGUCUGCAGGCAUUUGGCCAAAGAAAAACCUACUCUUUUGGAGAGUCUCUGCCAGGCAGCUCAGACACACUACUCGAGCCCAUGGCCAGAAAUUCAGGUGGCAGCUAUCAAAUUUACAGGCAUCCUUAUGGAGUAUGCUACCCCCAGAAGUGCCGGACAGAUAAAGGUUGCACACCUCCUGAGCUCUCUGCAAACUCUAGGACAGGACACAUCACAGGAGGUCCAAGAUGUGGCCACUCAGGUCUCAGAGACCAUUUCUAAAAGUGCUUGGGGCAGCAUGCUGCAAGAGGAGGGAAACCAUGGGCGUACCCUGCCUCAUAUCGCUUCUUUACUUUGUUUUGGGUGCCUAAAGCCCCAUUCCAUUUAAAAACGAGCCCUAUAUUUGGAUAUGUUUGAUAUAAAAUUGUGUUUUACGUUCUUCUGGCUGUUGUUGCUUCUCUCCUCCUGAACACA